AUGACUAGAUCAUUAAGUGAAAAGCAGGAACAUGACGUUCAAAUUGAACCUAUAAAGUCUUUCACGAAUGAGAACAUAAAGCAUGAUGAUGUGAUUGCUACCAUACUCUCGGUCGAGGGUAAAGAAGUUAACUUAACAGGCGAUGUUGAUGAGGCGAUGCAAUUAGCUUUGAAGGCCGAUCAUAUCCAUAUAGAUGAAGAAACAAAUAAGAGAUUACUCAGGAAAACUGAUCUCUAUUUGAUGCCGUUACUAUGCUUUCUCUACUCGUGUCAGUUCAUGGACAAAGUUUCCAAUUCUUACGCUGCUGUGAUGGGCUUAAGAACUGACUUGAAUAUGGUUGGAGAUAUGUAUUCUUGGUGUGGAUCGGCAUUCUACCUUGGUUAUUUGUUUUUUGAAUUCCCUGCCUCUGCCUUGCUACAAAGGUUUCCUGUCUCAAAGGCAGUUUCCUGCUUUAUUGUAAUUUGGGGAAUAGUACUCUGUUUACACUCUGCUCCGAAUUAUGCGGGAUUCAUCUUUUUGAGAACUGUUUUAGGUAUGUUGGAAUCUGCUGUUACUCCAGCUAUGGUUAUCAUCACAGGACAAUGGUAUAAGGCUGAGGAACAAUUUACUAGAACGUCUAUCUGGUUUUCUUUCAAUGGAUUUGGUACUAUCAUGGGAUCAGCUAUUGCCUACGGCUUAGCCAUAAGAGCAGAAUCAUAUUCUAUUGAAGCUUGGAAGAUAUUAUUCAUUGUUACCGGAUUGAUGACUAUAGUUGUUGGUAUUGCCUUCUAUAUUCAUAUCCCAGAUAGUCCAGCUACUGCUUGGUUUUUAACUGAAGAAGAAAAGCUUUUGGUCGUUGAGAGAAUUAGAUCCAAUCAGCAAGGUUUUGGUAACAAACAUUUCAAAAUGCAUCAAUUAAGAGAAGCACUCACAGAUCAAGUCACCUGGUUGUAUUUUUUCUUCGGAUUAGCUAGUGAUAUUCCUAAUGGUUCUCUAACAAACUUUGGAAGUAUAUUAUUAUCGGAGGACUUUGGAUACUCGGCUACAGAGUCUCUAUUAAUGAAUAUGCCAACGGGUGCUGUGGAGGUGGUUGGCUGUACUCUUUUUGGGUUGUUGCAGAGAUAUGUCCCUCAUCGUAUGUUCAUUGCGAUAUUUGCAACUGUGGUUACGUUAGCUUCAGCGUGCAUGUUAGCAUUUGCAAGUGAAUCUAAGAAUGCGAGAUUAGGAGGUUAUUACUUAAUGACAGUUUCACCGGUGGGAAUGAUUUGCGCAUUGUCCUGCUUUUCUUCAAAUACUGCAGGACAUACAAAGAAGCUCGUCGCUAACGCUAUCUUUUUAAUAGGAUAUUGUGUCGGAAAUUUGAUAGGUCCUCAAACAUUUAUAGCUGCCCAGGCACCAUCUUAUACGGGUGGUAAGGUUAGCAUUGUAGUUUGUUAUGCUGCUUCCUUGGUGUUGUUGGUAUGGAUAUAUGCUGUUUAUUACUUCGAGAACAAAAAGAGAGAUAAACUAAGAGAAAAUAUGGGUGAUUCAUACGUAAAAAUAGAGAAUUCUGAGUUUGCUGACUUAACGGACAAAGAAAACCCUGAUUUCAGAUACCGCCUUUAA